CAGUUCUCCACCUAUUUUGACUGACAUCGACUGAUCAUUGGCUUACAUAUACAAAUACAAGUCCUCUGCUAAUCUCAUCACCAUUUAAACAUACAAACACAAAACAAAAACAUGAAGUUCUCUGCAACAACAAUGAAGAUUGCUCUAUUUCUUCUUUGUUUAAUAGCCGUCCAAACAAUGGCCGAACAGUUCGAAGACAAAACUGGUGAAAUCCCACCAAUCCCAUCGGAUCCUACACUAGAUCCUCCUCCUCCAAGCCCAUCCUCUAACAUCGAGAACACCAUGUUUAUGCCUGAAAACAGUUUCUUCGAUGACAUCACCAUGCUAUUGUCCCCUGAACCAGAAACCUAAGCUGGAAUGAUCAUAAAAUAUUAUUAUGAGCUAUCAAUGCAAUUAGCUUAUAUUUUCAUAUGAAUGCAAUAUGCAAUUUUUCUUAUAUAAAUAAGUAAAAAAAAAACAUUUCUUCAGUUAUUAUUUUGACUGUCACUU